CGUUAAGUAUCGUACCCUGUCGUACUGGUCGUACCAAACGAACGCGCGCGACGCUACAGACUGUCAAGUUAUGGCGUGCAGCCAAAAAACUUUCGCGUCCGAGUUAGAUGCUGCAGCCUCCAACGAGGACGUCGAUGUGCUUCGCGUUGCCCUCGGCACGGACGGAGAUGCUUACGCAUGGCUCACCGAGUACAGCGAAGCGACGAAAACGUCUUGGAUUGUCGAUUGGGAAAUCGCCGACCCGAAAAGAUUUGUGUUCCACAAGAAAUGGAGAUGUCAGCAUAGUAGCAUCAACAAAACAGUUGGAAGAAAUUCCACAAACUGCCCAGCAUUUGUCGACGUGAAGAUUAAGAAAGUUACCAAGCACACGAAGCGCAAUGACACUUUCUUGAGGAGGGAUGUCCCCCUGACUGCCCUCAUCAAGCUGAAUGAAAACCACAAUCAUGUGCUUGACAGUGCUCAUGGGCUCCGCCUCCUCAAAAGCACAGCUGACACUCGGGCCACUUUCUUUCAGUACUUCAGAAAUGGCCUGGGUCCAGCUGCUGCUCUAGACUUUCACAGGAGCAAGCUGGCCAACCAAGAAAAUGGUGUAAGCCUGCUUGCCAACAGUUUCCUACAAUCCACGACCCGGCACUGUAUAUCACUGGUGCAGGAUUUGGAGAAAGACCAACCACAGUGA